AUGACUCGACAUUCCUAGAUUGUCAUCACUCACAAAACCAUAUCUUCAAUUGAUGAUCUUCCAGGUUUAAUUGUACAUGAGAAGUUAUUCAAAGGAGGAUGUGGUACUAUUUUUAAGGGUUUGGAUCAUACAACUAAAUAAGAAAUAGCUAUAAAAUUUUCUAAGUUUGACUUAUCUAAUGAGUAUAAAAUUAUGAAAAAGUUGUAACACAUACCAGGAAUUCCAAAAGUUUAUGCUUUAGGUGAAUCAGGUAGAUCUACAUAUUUGAGUAUGGAAUAUUUAAAUUCAGAUCUACAUACUAUAAGAGCAAAGAUCAAACAACUAUCUUUAAAAACCAUUUGUUGUAUUGCAAUUAAAGUACUAGAAAUAUUAAAGGAAGUACACAGUAUGAAUAUUGUACAUAGAGAUAUUAAACCGACAAAUCUUAUGAUAAAAUCACUUGAAGGUUUUUUAUUUUUUAAUUACUUUUUAGAUUCAUAAAUAUAUUUGAUUGAUUUUGGGAUUGCAAAGGAACCUGAUUAAUUUAUGUAUUCUUAAGAAGUAGAAGGCACUCUUCUCUAUGAUCCUAUUUAAGUACAUUAAAGAUUACCUUACAGAUUUAUUGAUGAUGUUGAAAUGCUUGCAUAUACUCUUGUAUUUCUCUUUAAAGGUAAAAUAUAAUUGAUUAUUUAGGUCAUCUCCCAUGGAUGAAAUAUCCAAAUACUAUGAUAUAUAAUGAAGAAGUUAUGAGACAUAAAGAAUAAUAUCUAAGUUCUAGAAGUAUGAGCAAACUUCCAUUUGCUGAAUUCUUCGGUUACAUCAAAUGGAAUCAAAAUAAUAAUAAACCAGAUCAUGAUUUUUUGAUUUGUUUGUUUAGGAAAAUCUUAGCAGAAAAUAAAAUGAUAGAAAACUAUUUUUAUGAUUGGUCAGAAAAUACUACUCCAGUUGCAUCUAAAAAAACAAAAACUAUCAGUUUCUUCAAUGACUUUUGUGAUUAAAGUGAACAUAAUUAAACAGGUAAUGCUAUUUAUUAGAGUGUAGAUUUAACUGAUGAUGAAUAAAUUUAAGGUGCUUUAACUUUGACAUAAUAAGUCUAUAAAUUCUUUAAAAAAGAAUGA